UAAUAAACCACGGGUAAACCUAGAACCGCGCUCGGCCCAUGGCCGCGCGGUUAAUUAGAUGGGGCAUCUAGGGGAAAAAAAAGGUUAUUGGUGCAAGAAGACUGGGAGCUACUCUCGGCGGGCUCUGCUACGUACAGCGGCAUUUAAACCGCGCCAUUUUCACUCGUUUCCCAGACCGUUACCCAGGUAUUUUACACUCCGGUUCAUUUCAAAGCGAUCUUCACUUUGUGAUAAUUCCUCCGCAUAAUUCCUCCAGCUUCUUCAUGGAAUCUCUACUUGAACCAAUUGCAGACAACGAGGAGCAUUCAUUUUGUACUGAAAUGAUGAAACGCCUCGACAUUCAGCGAAGGAACGAACAUUUCUGUGAUGUGAUUCUAGAAGUUGGCUCCGGUGACGAUCAAGCACAUGUGAAAGCUCACAGAAACGUGUUAUGUGCAGCAAGUCCGUUCUUUUACAACACUCUUAACAGUGACAUGAAAGAAAAGAGUGAAGGAGUGAUCCGAUUGGAAGAAAUGAGCAAAGCUUCGAUGGAAGAAGUCCUAGAUUAUCUGUAUACUGGACGUGUGGAAAUUACUGAAAAGAAUGCAUUCGAGUUGUUUGCACAAGCGGAUUUUUUUCUGAUUCCAAGUCUUAAAGCUUUGUCCGGUAAAUUCAUUUUACAAACGCUAGAUCUUUCCAACUGCAUCAUGGUUUAUUACUUUGCCAUUAAGUACCAGUGGGAAGAACUACAGAAUGGAGCGAGGGAUUUCAUUCUUGCCAACUUUGUUGCUGUGGCUGGAACUGACGACUUCCUGAAUCUGAGCAGCAAAGAAGUAGAAGAAUGGAUUUCAAGUGAUAGAAUCAUUGUCAAAGAGGAGGAAGAAGUUUUCCAAGUGAUUGUAAGGUGGAUGGAGAAGGGGAACAGAGAAGACCUGGAUUUUUUGCAGUUAUUACGUCAUGUUCGCUGUAUUUACCUGUCCCGCAGCUAUGUGUUCAAUAUCAUUUUGCAGCAUCCCUUAGUGAAGACAAGUUCAGCAUGCACAGAUUUCGUAUUAGAUGCCAUGAAAGAGGUUGCUAAUGGUACAGAUGAGUGCUUCUUUUCUCAGCCUCCAAGAGAUUGUCUGAGGACCCAUGAAAAUGCUAUAGUUGCUUGUGGAAAAAAGAAAACAUUGUGCUAUCUUCCUUUGGAAAACAAGUGGUAUUAUCUGGCUAGCAUGCUGUCCAAACGCAACGCUUGGCUUUGUAGCACAAGUUCCAUUCACAGUAAAUUGUUCAUUAUUGGAGGACGCACAGACGCAAGUAGCAGUGUUGUAGAGUGCUUUGAGCCAGCACGUAAUCAAUGGGUUUCUGCAAAGGCUCCUGGAAUUGUAGAGAAUUGUACAGCUGCUGCUGCACUCCAGGGUUUCCUGUAUGUUGUUGGUGGAUUCGACAACAGAGUCAAGCCAAUUAGCACUGUGCUGAAAUACAAUCCUGAUACAAAUCAGUGGCAAGAAGUCUCUCCCCUGAGUAGUGCCAGAUCAUAUGUUUGUGCCGUGGCUGACGGAAAUUAUUUGUACGCCAUUGGUGGCUAUAGUAGAGGUAUUGGACACCUAGACAUUGUUGAAAGGUUUGAUCCCAGAAACAAUACUUGGGAUAAGCUUUCUUCUCUUCAUGUAAAGAGAGCGUCUGCUGGUGGUUCAGUGGUCAAACAAAAGGUAUUUGUGUUUGGAGGUCUUAGCAAACAAUCAAGGCUAGAGGCUGCCUGUGAAAUGUAUGAUCCUGACAUUAGUAUCUGGAGUAACAUUGCAAGUGAGGUCGCACCAAGAUAUUUUGCCAGUGCUAUCAGUUUCAGAGGGAAAAUAUAUGUUUUUGGAUAUUUCCAAGAUGAGCAGAACAGACGCCACAGAUCACUGCAUGUGUGCGACAUUGAGAAAAAUCAAUGGAAGUUCUGCAGGGCUUUUGACAUAAAGGAUGAAAAGGAAUGCUACCACAUUUCUACUCUGCGGAUAUCAAGAGAUGUUUUGGCAAAAUGCGAGGAAAUUUAGUGUUGCAAAAGGUAAAUUUAAGACUGCAGGAACCACUGAGACUAAAUAAUACUCUCAGGGAGCCCAUAAUCUUCUUAAUGUUACAAACAAAAUUAAGAUACCAACAUGGUACUUAGAAAAAAAAAAUUGAAACAGGGAGACCCAUAUAGUUUAACUAAAAUUCUGCAGAACAUGAAUUUUUUUCAAAACACCAUACUAUCCCUCAAGUUUUUAGGUUGUUGUCAUUGUUAUUGCUUAUACUCAGUUUGUUUACCAUGCAUUAUGUUAUGGACAACAUUGCAGACCUGCUACUGAACCUGCAUGGUUGGACUGUGAAUAUCGCAUUUGAGGUUAUUGUCAACAAUUUUGACCACAAAACCUUACUACAGCUAGGUAUAAAAAACUUUGUUGUCGAACAUUCACUGGCCUGUAUUUGUUCCAGUGGAGGACAAAGCAAUGGAUUGUGUGAUUAUUGUCCAAAAAACCAAAAAAGAUGAUGAUUUUGAAAUCUCCCUGUUAUUUUACCUUGUAAUUUUACAUCCUUUAAGUUUACUGGCUUUUAAGCUGAGACAUGUGCAUUAUUUUUAGUUCUUAUUGACUGAUAGUGAGGUCUGUAUGGGAAAAUCUGGGCUGAUCUUGUGAUUAUAGAUGGUAUGCAGCGAGGUCUGUCAUCAGGGGUCUAGAUUUACCAACGUUGGUAAAUAGGUUGUUUAUUACAUGUACUGGUAUAUGGCCAAACAAGAAAACUUCAAUUCAUUGAAAGCUGUAGCCAGUUCAGUCAUACUCACUGCCAUUUUACGUCUGAAGUAAAACGUGGUGAAACCUGGGNGGG